AUUGCCCUAUUUAAGACAAACUAGCUCCACUAUGUAACUCGCUUCAAACACCAAUUACCUCACUCUCUCUUCAAACUUUCUCACACUCAUCUUCUCCAUGGCUCGCUCUUUGCCUUUGGUUUCCACCAUCUUUGUCUUCCUUCUGCUUCUCGUGGCCACUGAGAUGGGGCCAACAAUGGUGGCAGAAGCUAGAGAUUGUGAGUCUCAGAGUCACCGCUUCAAAGGACCAUGUGUGAGUGACACCAAUUGUGCCUCUGUUUGUCAUGGAGAAAAAUUCUCUGGAGGACAUUGUCGUGGUUUCCGUCGCAGAUGCUUCUGCACUAAACACUGUUAAUUAUAAAGGAGUUACCUUUAUGAAAAAUUAAUCACUAGCUAUGUCAUGAAAGAUGAUGGAUCAAUCACCUUUCAUUAUCUAUCCUCUCAUGUUUUAAAAGACUAAUUUCCGGUUUAGAAUAAAGUUACCCAUUCUAUUAUGGGUCUCUUUGUUUGUCUCUCUUUCUUUUUCUAUCUAUUUUGAUCUUUCGAUCAUGUUAUGGGUGCAAAUGAAUUGAUGAAAUAAAUAUGUAAUUUGUUGUU